AUGACUCUACCCUCGCUUGUCUUAUCAGCUAUCGAUAUCGAUACAAAUCGAACCCGUGGAAGCUUGUCACCACAACCGAGAGUGCCAAAUCCUAUCCCACAUACAUAUGGACCUAUUACGUUGCAAGAAUGUGGCUCAAAGAACACCAGCGACCUCGAAGUCACGUACCAAGGCAACAUAAGCCCAUGGUACGAGGACUCGUCCCAUGAUCUCUCCCGGACACUGGUGGAUCUUGUAUCCGCGAAGCCUAACAUCAGGCAAUGGCUACUUCUCAGCGGUUUCCCUUCGAUGCAGAAUUCCUCGUCUGCAGAGCAUCGCACCGUCAAUUCACAUGAAAAUCCACCAGAGAAUCAGUUUGAGCCCGCCUACGCCGCGGCUCUGGAGGAGGUUGCAAUCCUCCAUGAGGCUCUUCAAAUCCAGACCACAAGUCUGCAGAUGCAAGAUGCCCGCCGGAGCCUUCGAGAAACGCAUUCCGUUGGCUGGAUAACGCAACUUGCAUUCAUCUUUCUGCCGCUGACUUUCAUUACGGGAGUCUUUGGUAUGAAUCUCAAGCCUAUCAGUACACCGGCUGAUACGCAGCAGAGAGAUGGUGCGCCAAUGUGGCAGUUCUGGAUCAUGUUGGCCGUUGUUCUUGUGCCGGUUUGGAGUAUGGAGAUCAUGACGCUCUGGGACGACUUCAAGAGCAAGGGGACAGACUGCUUGAUGAGCCCGCAGCUGCAGAUGGUUCUCUCCGGAGAGUCACCCACGUCAAACCUAGCUGGGUCUUUGAAGCCGUCUUCAUCAUCAGCAUUCUCGUGA